GAUUGCCCUGCUGGAUGGUUUCAAAUUGGUGUUGACGAAUUCCAGUCCUGUUUUUUAUACGUCGGUGGUGUAACAACGUUUGCUGAUGCUGUUAAAUUCUGCCAGUUCGCUUUACUUCCAGUCGGUGGACAUGUUAGUGAGUGGUACGUUCAACAUAUAGAGGACGACCACUCGGAUGAGUUCUGGCGCGCACUCUGUGAUGAUGACCGGUGCCAAAUGAAGAUGAAUUUGGGGGCAUUUGUUCCAUACUUACGAGUGGACGAUGACCGCCAGAAACAACUUGCAAAGCGGCUUGAUGAUCUGAUGCACAUGCAGUCUGGAGAGAGCACAGAACGUCACAAAAACUUUGCGGCUAAUUUUGAUAAUUUCCAUAAGCAGGAUGCGUAUGACAAAAAGAUCUGGGUAGCAGGUGUAUCAAUUCCACUGACACAUUGCGGAUGGUUGAGUACUCGGUCUGGUUCUGUUGGUAUCCAAAACUGCAACGAUUUGCUUCCAUUUCUAUGCGAGAAAGGAGUGAUGCCAUACGAGGAGCCAGCAUUAUGGAGAGGCGGUGUUGUGAUUGCUGUGAUUGCGCUCUGUAUUCUUUUCUCAUUCGUGCUAGUACUUGCGAUGUGCUGGUUCAGGAAGUCGAAGAAACGGAAGGAAGAGGAAACGAAUCGGAAGGAUUUUAUUCGUGCUUCAGUGAGGCUUAGUAAGAUCGACAGUGCGCGGAAGAAUAAUCUUGCUGCGCCCAGCAAUGAUACCAAUGUUCGUUCUUUGCAAAACUUGUAA